GGCAGCUUCCAGGCCGUCCUCAUCACCCAGCUGCAGCUCCACAUCGCCGAGCACAUGUCGGCCGGCUCCUCGUCCACUGCGCCCUGGGCGAGUGCAUCGGCGUCUGGUGCCGCAGCCAGCCCUGCUGCCGCCGCAGCCGCGAGCGCCGCCAUGCCGCCGCCCACCGCCUCGCCUGCUCCGCCUGCUGCGCCCACCGCGUCCGGCAGCGGCAGCGGCGGUGGCCAGAGCGCGAUCCUCAGCAUCGCAGAGGUGGCCAACGACGCCAGCAUCUUCACGCACGACGGCUGGAUCGUCUUUCCGCGCUCCGACGGCGCGGCCGACUACCAGCCGCCCAACGUCGUCGUGCCGCCCAAGUCCGACCGCGAGGUCAAUUACUUCCAUGUGUACAAGGCGGACGAGGUGGACAAGUACGACUGGCGCACGAAGGUCGGCCAGAAGCUCGCAGAGCACUUUGGCAAGCCGAAGACUUCCACCAGCGGCAAGACGUGGCGCCUGAGGUGGCCCAAGAACUACGACAUGACGGAGCAGCGCAAGGGCACGCCGUCGUCACUGCGCACAGACCCGUACCUCUUCGGCUCGCACGCGCAUCGCUUCCGCUCGUCGAACGAGUUCUUUCCGCACGCCGUGUGGCUGCUGCGCGACACGAGCAUGAAGCAGGGCAACUGCGAGUGCAAGUACUGCGCCGGCAAGAAGACGAUGGGAGAGACGGACUAUGUCAAGUCGGGCCGUGGCAUGCCGACCAGGAUCAAGCCCGUGGCGUCGGCGGUGCCGAAGCCUAAGGACACGCGCAAGGGCGCCACGGGCCGCCGGCAGAAGCCGCUGCAGCUGCAGAACAAGAGCGGCGUGCAGAUCAUGGCGCGGCCCGUCAAGUCGCGCAACCACAUGCCCGGCCUGCCGGCGCGCAUCUCGUCUGCGCCGCAGCGCGACCAGGAGCUGCCGCACGGCACGCCCAAGCUGGGACAGUGCGAGGGCUUCCGCCUCGGAGAGAUCUGUCUCGUGCGCCUCGACCCGCCGGUGCUUUCGCCCAACGGCGACGCAGAGUGCACAGUCGAGAUCUUCCCGGUGCGCAUCGAGGGCAAGACGUUUGUGGCGGAGGUGGAUGAGGCGGACGGAGCUGGCCUCGAGGGCCAUGUCACGCAGCGGCCCGUCUACAACGUGCAGCUGCUUGGCAGCCAGGAGAAGGCGCGCAUCGAUGAGGAGCACCUCCUGCCCUUCCUGGCUGGCCGCGUGCCGCCUGGCCUGCAGCAGACGGUGUACGGCAACCCGGCCGACUUUCCCUGGCUCGAGACUGGCGAGAACGUGCCGAAGCUGCAUCUCUUCCCUGACCCAACUGCGCGCCCUGGAGCGCCGAUGCCGCGCGCGUCGUACAAGACCGUCGUCUCUGUCUUCGCCUACGCCGUGCAGUCCAUCAGCAUGCUGCGCUCCAUCUACACGCUCACCGACCGCUUCAGCCGCGAGAAGUUCAAGCAGGCGGCGCCGCCGACGGUGAGCGCCGCCGCAGACCGUCCCGCGUCUUCGGCAUCGCCACCGGCAGCGGGCGCGCUGCCUGAGGCUGGCGCGGCCAAGAAGGAGGAGGAGGUCGACCUCCACCACUACUGGCAGGGCAUCCUCUUCGGCUGCGAGCGCAUCUGGGUCGGCGACACGGUGCGCCUGAACCUCACGCCCGCGGACAUCGAGUCGAUGAUGCAGGCCUUGACGCCGCAGUGCAGGCUGCUCGGCGUGCUGCCCGACGCACAGGCGCCGUAUCUCAUGCGUCUCAAGGCCAUCUUCCUCCCGCGCAACAAUAAGAAGAAGGCCGUCGAGGGAGAAAAGGCUGCUGCUGUGUCUGCAACUGACACGGCGGCGGCCGGACCCUCGACGCAGAACGGCGUCAACGGCCAGAGUGCCAGCAUCCCGACCUUUACGCCGCACGCAUCGCAGCCUGCCGGAUCGUCGGCAACUGCGGUUGGCGACGUCUCCACCGCAGGAUCUGCUGCGGCCCAAGAGGAGGAAGAAGACGAGCGCGACGAGCUGAUCGAGCUGGACGAGCUCGAGGAGGAGGAGCUAGACUGCACGGACGCUGAUCGCCUCGAGUUCAUCGCCAAGGAGAAGCUGCGUCUCGUGGAGAAGAUUAGCGCGCGGGUGCGCCUCGCGGGAGACGUGUACCAGGUGCUGGAGCAGACGGAGUACAGCCGACGCCAGGCGACGGGCGGCAUGGCGCCCGCCAGCGCGCUGGGCUCUUCGGCGCGCCCGAUGUACGUGGCGCCCACGCGCGCGUUCGUGGCAGAGACGAACAACGGCCUGCUGCCGCCGUCCAACGUCGUGCCGCGCGGCUUUGUCCUGCAGCGCGUCAACCAGGCGACGGUGGAGAUCGAGUGUGCCGUGACGCAGCUGGCGGGCCGGCUGUGGUCGUCGUUUGCGCCCAACAACCUCAGCGUCAACGAGGUGCUGGAGCAGCGCGAGCGCGCAUACACGCCGACUGAGUCGAUCGAGGACGAGCGCAUCCAGCUCAGUCUCGCCGGCCUGAUCCCCGGCUCCGUCAAGAACGUCGGCGCCCUCUCCAUGCACCUGGACCGCGACGCGACAAUUGCGACGUGUCAAGAGACGGCGCGCUCGCUGCUGCGCAAUUUCAUCCGUCUCCAGUGGAAUGAGGAGAACGGCAUCAUUGAUGAUGACGCUAGCUCUGCUGCAGCCGGCAGCAAGUCGCCCGUCAAGGGUCGCAAGCGCAAGUCGCUCGCGUCGGCGGCGGAGGGCAGCGCUUCGCCUGCAGCGGCGAACAUGCAUCCCAUCUCAGGCCACGUCGGCGCACACGCAACGCCGACGGCCAAGAAGGCCCGCAAGUCGGCCGCAAGCGCUGCUUCGCCAGCUACGAACACGCCGGCGGGCCGUGCGGCGGGACCUAGCAAGGGCGCGGCGGCGGCCGCACGAGGCGCCAGCCCUCCGCUGCCGCCUGGCUGGAUCAAGAAGAUGAGCCGCAGCGACCCGAACAAGUUUUAUUACGCGAAUCCGCUGUUGAAGAAGACGAGUUGGGACCGCCCGACCGCGGCCGAGUAGAGGAGUCGCCGCGCGCGCCGCGGCGCGAAUCUGCGGCCGCGCGGCUCUUGCCGCCUCGCUCAUCGCUCGCGCCUCUUCUCCCUCCUUCCAUCCACUCUCCACGCCUGCCGUCUACCC